AUGAAAUUGGGAGGAUCGAGAAAGAAGGGUAUGUCGUCGAGUAGAAAGUUGGGAAGGUUUGUAAGGCAACAAAGAGCAAGAAUUUACAUUAUCAGGAGAUGUAUAGUCACUCUCCUUUGCUGGGAUGACUCUUAA